CACUGCACUUGCGGAAGGCUUUCUGCCUCUCGGAAGGGUGAUGCAAGGAGUCCAAUGACUCAGAGCGUCGAUUGCGACUAUCGGAUGCUUUGUAUUGCAGUGACUCCGACUUGGCGGUGCAAGCCGAAUUUGUACCUGCUCGGCUGCCCCCACAACCCACGCGAUGGUUGUCAUCUGGACGGGUCCAAGAUCAGCGCUACCCUCUCUUCCACCUUCAACACCCGCGCACCCAAUUGCCUGCUUCAGCUUCCAACGCACAUCCCUUUCUUCACACUAGAUAGCGUCACCUGCUACACACUCAUACAACUCCACUUCCGACGUCAAGCGAUCCUGCUUUCUGUUGACCGGCCGCGCUUAUACUCGAGACUGCCGCUCCUGUCGAUUUAGGAGGCUUUCGCGCCCCAAAAGGUGGUGCCCAUUCACGGCGUACCUGUCAAAACGUCGGAUCGCCCUUGGUAAGCCUCUGCUAGACCUUGUGACCCUCCUUUGUCGCCAUGCCAACCACACGCGCCCUCAGCGCGCGGCAGCAGUCUGGAGCAGCCGGCGCCACGGCGGGCAGCGAUGACAUUGACAACAUCAAGGCGAUGCACGCCAAGACGGCGAGCGGACUGUCCUUGACCGAGAACGGCGAGGCUUCACAAAGGGCGACACUCAGUCUGACAAGAGUGCCGCGUCUGUUCAGGCGCACGUCCUCGGCAUCCAGCACGAGCAGCUACUCUCCCGCUCCUCGCACUUUCCAACGUACAUGUUCAUCCCCCAUCACGCUUCAAAGCCCAUCCGCACUCGAAGGCUUCGACUACAUCUCUUCCCGAUCCCGCGCAUCCGCACCGCGUUCUUCCUACGGCGGGAGCUCCACCUCGAGCCAAACAUCGUCCAAGGCCUCGACGCGUCCGACGAACGGGUUCAGACGCGUCAAAUCCUCUGCCAGCCUGUGCAGCAACUCGCAGUCCAACAGCCAAGCCAGCGGAGGUGAAGAGGACGACUCAGACGAAGAGAGGAGAUACAACAGACGAUCGUCGAGGUUGGGUGGAUGCGGUCGCUCGUCGGAAACCAGAACGUCGCGGGAUGAUACGAACAAGGAGAACAUUGCGCCUUUCAGAAGAGUCGAACAGCUCACUCCGCGUCAACGCAUGAACGAAGAUCGGGAUGCUCAGGAAGAGGCGGUCGCUCGUCGGACGCGCUCCACCGCUGCUACGCCUAUGCGCGGUCGACACUCUUCGCCUGCCUCUAGCAUUCAUUCGGGAUCCAGCGAAGCUCGCUCCUCUUACUCUCUGUCUCAAAGCCGUCUGCACGCUGAUCUAGGUAAUGCCGAUACUCCACGACGACCGACAACCACUCGCAAGCGUUCGCGCAUGGCAAGGGACGAUGAAGGUGAGCAAGGCGAAGCCGACGUGCGCUCGCCGCGCUCCUCUUUGGCACGACUUCGUCUCCAGAGGACGCCAUCUUGCGCUUCGGCAUCUUCCCUCGCCGAAGUCAAUGAUGAGGCCGAGAGCUACUUCUCGAGUCAGAAUACCAAUGUGAGCUCUGUCUUCGAUGUCGGUAUGGCUUCUACCCCAGAUGGUGCGGCCUCGGACGAUGACGAAGACGACGUAGAAAGUCAGCCAACCUCUCGCGCACCGUCGCCGGUGUCCGACUUUGCUUGCGUGCCGAUGGACGCAGAAUCUACUUUGGACGAGGCGUCGCUGAUUCACGACGGUGGAGCGGUCCACGACGAAGCCAACGCGCAAGAGCACCAUUUCAGCAAUGUUUACGCGCACGCUCGCGCUCUGCUGCGCUGCAAUGCUGGCACCGACGCUGUCGACGAAGGCGUCAACGCCGCCGUCGACCAGCAAGUCAUAGGCCGCGACAAGGAACGCAAAGCUCUGCAGCGCUUCCUGCACUCCCGAUUCGAUCUGUACAGGCACAUGGAACACAGCGCUACACCAGCAGGCGAAGGUGAUCAUGGUUGCGAAUUGGACGGAGCGCAAGACUCUGGAGCGCUGUACGUUUGCGGGAUGCCAGGCACCGGAAAGACGGCACUUCUUCGUAGUACCCUUGCUCAGCUUCGUGAAGCAGAUCUAGCAACGACUUCGCCAUCCAUUGCCUUUGUCAACUGCAUGACUGUUGAGCAUCCUCGCGACAUAUUUGCCAAGGUACUCGAAGCGAUGGGUGUAAGUUUCGACCGUCAGAACGCCGAGAAGACGCUGGACGCUAUUGCUAGAGACUCGAGGCAAAGAACCUUGAUCGUGCUGGACGAGAUCGACCAUCUGCUAGGCUCGCGUACCCACCAGAACAUUCUGUAUCGGCUGUUCUCCUGGGCGACCGGCUCUGCACCUGGCAAGGAUGGAACAGGUACAUGCGCUCUUAUCGGCAUUGCCAACUCUCUCGACCUCACCGAGCGCUUCGUACCGCUGCUGGCCAGCAAAGGCGCAGAGCCUGCGCUGCUUCACUUCCGACCGUUCGAAGCUGCUGAGAUUGGGUCCGUGAUCCGCGCCCGGUUAGCGGCGCUUCUACCUCGUUACGAUCAGCACACGAGUGACGACGACGUCGAUGCUGGCGAUGUCGAGGAGCCCGCACCUCUGGCUCUCUUUGCCCCUGCCGCGCUAGACCUCGCUUCGAAGAAGAUUGCAGCUGCGACUGGCGAUCUGCGCAAGGCGCUCGAUGCAGCUCGUUUGGCCAUCGAGUUGGUGGAAGCAGAGCAACGCAAGAAGCAUGCAGCCUCGGAGGCUGAUGGUUGGAAGAGCGAAGUGAAUGGAAAGAUCUUGGCUCACCUCACGCCCAAAAGUGCGCCGAAAGUAUCUCCUCAGCACAUCGUCAAGGUGCUUGCUAGCGUGCUCGGCAGUCAACAGUUGAACAAGAUUCGCGCGCUUAGCCUCCAACCCAAACUUGCUCUCGCUGCUAUCUUGGUAUGCCAGAAACGUCAGGCUGAAGGUCUUGCAGUCCUAGGCUCGGGCAAUUCGGAGGCAAAGAAGUUUACCAAGCCAUGUGCCACGUCUCAGCUUGCCGACGUAGAGCUGACGUACUCGGCAGUCUUGCGCAAUGAUGGCAACAUUUUGCCCACUCUCGAGAGCUCCGAAUUCUUGGACGUGCUAGAUCUUCUGAGCGUGCACGGCUUCAUCGUCAUGGAAGAAGCCACGGGCUCUGGCUACAACAGCGGCACCUUGUCCGCUGGUGCUAGACGGGCGACGAAGAAGCAACACAUCGCAGCGACGAGGAUUGUGCGUCUGGCCAUCUCUUUCGAAGAUGCGCUGCGCGGACUGACCACGGAGGGCUCUGUGAGCGGAAACGCCACAUCCACUGCGGCCGCUCGGCGCCUCUGGAGCGCCGAGGAGGAACGUAUCCGUCGAAGCCGCGGGUGGGAAGCACGAGCGAAAGAAAUCGAAGCGACGCGCGCCGAGGAGCUUGGCGGAGGUAGGAUGGCUCAAGGAUGUUUCUGAGCUGUGCCAUCACAUCGCAAACGUAUCGCGCAGAGAGCGUCGCCAUCGCAGCUAGCUGUUUGCACUCAUCUGCGCUCAGCGGCUUUGAUAAGCCUAGAGUCAAGUUUCUUGCCUCGACACCUCCUCUUCUCGUAGCAAUCACAAGUACCCAUGAAGUUUAUAAGCGGCUCCGAAUACAUGACAUCAUAUUUACAGAACAUCCCACGCCAUCGUGCAGUCAGAGUCGUGAGCGCAG